AAUGUCAAAUAUGACAUUCAUAAAUCCCGAGACGUUCAUUUUCAUUAAUUUGUAAAUUUCUUUUUGUGCUGGUAGAAGCUAUUUAAAUUUUUUAAAAUGGCUUUUAAGAUGUCAUACAGUUUUGAAGGUAAUUACAGAACAAAGCCUGAACAAAAUCUUUCAGGAGCUAGCAAAAAAAUAUCCAGAGAUUUAUUACUGCAAAAGACACACGAAGAGAGACGUAAGCGGCAGGAGCAACGUUUAAAGUUACAAAGCGCGGAACUUUUACAAUCUCAUAUUAGAAGUUAUUUAGUUCGGAAACAUAAAAAAGAGGAAGAGAGAUGUUUUUAUGAUAAUAAUUUUGAAAGUACACCUAUAAAGGUACUACUGUCGAAACUUUUAUUCUUUUAUGACUCUGACAAGGAUAUAAGGAGACUGCAUCAACUGUCAGAGCGUUUGUUGCAUCAAAGUGCUGAAAUCAACCAAUUAUUGGAAACUGAUUCCAAGCUGGGAUGGUUAGUAAAACGAUGGUUAGUUUUAUGUUUAAAGACCUCUUAUCAUCCACAUUUGACAAUGCUAAUGCUGAAUUGUCUCGAUUUUUUUGUUUCCAAUACACAUACUAUUGAAUAUCUUAUUCGUAAGGGUUAUUAUGUAUACCUGCGUACGUUACUGGAUAAUAACAGUAAGGAGUUACUUCAACAAACUCUAAACCUGAUUUAUCGCCCCUUCCAAUCACUACGUAUCUCGCAAAGUUCACAGGACAUAAUAAUGUCUGAAUUUUGCAGCAAUUUUCUCAAACCCACAUUCACAAAUAAUGUUAAGACUGUUCUCAUACCAUAUUUAAAAAACAAAAGGGACUUCCCAUAUGAAAAGAUCAUUCGUUAUUUAAACAGUGGCUAUCAUUUUCAAAUCAGCAAUAGUCUGUUUUAUUGUAUACUUGCUCUGGAACCCGACGAUUAUGAACCCACCACUGACAGUAUUCAAGUUUUGUCUAACUUAAGCUGCGAUAUUCACCAGUUGAAACCACCAAUUUAUUUAAUAGCAGACGACAGCGACGACGAGAGCGAGGUUCAAGUGUCAGAAGAAGAACUACUCCUUUCUGACUACUUACAUAUCAUGAAUAAACCAGAAAGAGUGAGAAAAUGGUUACACUUUUUUGAACAGAAUAGCAAUAAUGAAGAUGUGUUGAUGUCGUUAACAAAGUUCUGUCACAACCUUCUCCUCGUAUACAAAGAUUCAAUUAGGAAAUAUUUAUUGCUCUAUAAAUUGGGCCUGAAUGGCAACUUUCUGAAUAAAUUGUGGAACAUGUUGAACAGAAAACGCAGCCUUGAAGGUGAACUAAGAGGGUCUUGCUUGUUAUCCUGGAAAGACUGUCAUACAAAUCUUUCAGUUUUUUGUGAUACUUUUACGUUUUAUACGGAAACUUUAACUGAUCGAGAAAAUUCUGAUACAAGUGAGACUUUUUCCCCAAAUGAUCUGUACUCUAUGUCAAAAUUAUUAAAAAAUGUAGCUGUCGACUUAGUGGAAUUGGCAUUUCCUAUGUGUAGAUCCAGCACAAUUCCAGCAACUCCAGAAAUUCUCCAUUUGUAUAGUUCUUGUUUAAACUGUGUAAAAAUGUUGUACAUGUUGGACAUUAGGAAACAGUUUUGUCCGCAGGCGUUUUGGACCGCCAAAAAAAUUCACAUUUCGCAGGAUUUGUCACGACGGAAUUACUUAUCUAAAACUAUCAAACCUUUCCAUGGUUUAGUAAAUGACAACGAUGAUGAAGAUCACCUUCCUCCCCUAUCCACAAUAGAGCAACGAUCUUUGGCAAUAUUGCAAGAACUACCAUUUCUAAUUGGAUUUAACACGAGGGUCUUGCUUUUGAGGGAUUGGUGUAGGAACAGUCUAGGAGAAAACGAUUACCAACGACUCCAUCACGAGUUUCUUAAUGAUAAUUUGGUGGUAAUUCGACGAACGCACUUGUAUGAGGAUGCAUUUGAAAAACUGUCAGUCAAAAAUGAAACCGAUUUGCGCCAUAAAGUUCGUAUUCAGUUUAUCAAUAACGUGGGGCUAGAAGAAGCGGGAAUAGAUGGUGGUGGGAUUUUUAAAGAGUUUAUUAAUGAGGUUUUGAAGACCGCGUUUGAUCCGAAUCGCGGUUUCUUUUUGCUGACAGCCGAUAAUACGUUGUAUCCAAACCCAAAUGUACAUCUGAUAGUGGAAAAUUACAUGGAGCAUUAUUAUUUUAUAGGACGACUUGUUGGAAAAGCAAUCUUUGAAAAUAUACUCGUGGAUCUCCCUAUAGCCGAGUUCUUUUUAGCAAAACUGUUGGUAGACAGGGCUAGUGCUCAUUAUCUAAAAUCGUUGGAUCCGGUGUUGUACAGAAAUCUCCUUUAUUUAAGAGACUACCCUGGAGAUGUUAGUGAUCUUGGUCUAGAUUUUACAACAGUGAAUACCGACUUAGGAGAAACAAGAGUGGUCGAGUUGAAACCUCAUGGUAGUAAUAUUCAAGUAACGAACGAAAAUAGACUCGAAUACAUACAAAGACUAGCGGAUUUAAAAUUAAACGUUCAGUUGAAAAAACAAUGUUCGUCUUUUAGGGGGGGACUAGAUAGCGUUGUGCCAUUACUAUGGUUAAAGUUGUUCAAUCAUAACGAACUUCAGGUGAUUAUUGGUGGAGACACACAGGAAAUUGAUUUAAGCGAUUUGAAAGCUCACACUGUAUAUGGAGGCGAAUUCACCGUUGAUCAUCCAACCGUUAAUUUAUUCUGGAAAAUCUUAAAUACGUUUACUGAUACUCAGAAGAAAAUGUUGCUCAAGUUUGUGACGAGUUGUUCAAGACCGCCUCUGCUGGGAUUUAAGGAGUUGAAUCCACAGUUUUGUAUACAGUCAUCUGGAAGUGAAGAUAGAAUGCCAACUGCAAGCACAUGUUUAAAUCUUCUUAAAAUACCCAUUAUUAAAGAGGAAGAACUUUUGAAGAAUAAGCUCUUGGGUGCGAUUGAACAGCAAGCUGGUUUUGAAUUAUCGUAAUUUCCAGUGUAUUUUUUGUGUAUUUAAAAAUGUAUAUUCCAUAUAAUUUUUUUUGUUUUGUUACAUUUUUAACUAAUAAAAUGUCAUUUUACGUAU